GUUGAAUCCUUGCGGCUUUUUUUCCGGACUCGAUCAGCCGCUCUCUGCGCUACAGGAAUGCACUUUGCAGGAAAGGCGCAGAACUCCUCCCGCUGCCUUGUUUUCCCCGCACACCGGGAUUUCUAAAUGAGCGGCGAUGCACCUGUGAGCGACCCGGAGUGUAGCAGCUCAUUCCGGGCUCCAGCACCGCCGUCCCCGCGGGCCGGGCAUGGAGCGCCGCGGCCGGGCGGGGCUCCAGCCGGCSGGCGCAGGAGAGGGAGGCGGAUGGGUGCUGGUGGAGGCCCGGCUGCAGGGAGGAGCGCCGUGGGGCUUCACCGUGCAGGGCGGCCUGGAGCACGGACAGCCGCUCAUCAUCUCCAAGGUGGAAGAAGGCGGGAAGGCGGACAGCGUGGAGCGCCCUCUGCUGGCCGGGGAUGAGAUCAUCAUCAUCAACGGCGUGGAGCUGAGUGGCUACAGACAGGAAGCCAUCGCUCUGAUCAAAGGGUCGUUCAAGACGCUGCAGCUCACCGUCCGCAGGACAAAAUGCAGCAGAGACUCUGACAUCCAAACACAGAAAGCUGCGCCGGGAGCUUCCUGUCAGAGCCGUUCAGUUUCCAUGAAGUUGUUUACAGUGAAUGUUGGACUGACGUUCAUCCGCCUUGCAGCUGUUUUACCCUCAGCUGCGUCUCUCAUCUGUCCUGGAGUAAAGUUACACCUGAAGAGUCGCAUUUUACCCAAAGCCAACAGACAAAAGGGAAACGUGAGACUCCAGAAAUUGCUGACUCUGCACCAGAACAGCACAGGUUCCCUCCUGCCACCUGGAUUUCAUCUCUGGGUGAUUAUCAGGCGUCUGCAGCACCUGAUGGUGAUGCAGUCAUUUGAAUCAGCUGAUCUGAAUAGAGGCUCAUCUAAAACAUGCAGUUAUGGGGUCGGUGAGGACCAGGAUGGAGAGACACUGGACCAGAACAAACUCCAGUUAAAGUCCCAGGAGUUCGAUCCCGGAUACAUCGAGGAGUUCACGUCACCGAACUCCGGGGCCGCUCUUCGUCUUCCCUCACCUCCUCCUGACCUCUGUUUCCAAUCCCCAUCACCGCCGCCGUCACAGGAAACCCCAUCGUCCAAUCACAGCCGGCGAUGUUCAGCGGUCCAACUACGCAUCAGGAACCGACGCAGUGAGCCGGCGUCUCGCCCUCAUUCCUGGCACUCGACCAAACUCAGCGACGAUCAACCGGACCUGGAGCAGAUGGAUUACCCCACCAGGUCAGAAACGCCCCAUCAUUUACCCCACAGUUACCCCACCAGGUCAGAAACGCCCCAUUAUUUACCCCAUACAAACCACAGUUACCCCACCAGUGCCUCCACCACCGACCUGUCGGCCGGGUUUGACCCCAGCGGCGGCUACCUGAGGAAGAGUCCKGACCAGUACAGCUCCAGGGGCAGCAUGGAGAGCCUGGACCCGGCCCAGUCCUCCCAUCACCACCCAGUGACGCAGCAGCAGCAGCUCCCACUGGGCCACCGCAGCCACACUGGGCCCAACCCGGCCUACUCGUCCUGCCAGCAGCUUUCCUCUGCCAGGUCGAACAGCAUCGACCUCCUGCUCAGCAAGCGGGACUCGGCCUACUCCUCCUUCUCCACCAGCUCCAGUAUUCCCGAGUACCUGGCCUCCACGCCCUCCUUCGGCCCGGAGCGCUCCUGCUCCCUGGACGCCGUCCCGCAGAGAGGCGCCGGCAGCGCCGAGAUGCUGCAGGCCGACAUCCGAUACGUCCGCGCCGUCUACGACGCCCAGCAGGGCCUGACUCAGGAGCAGGAGCUGAACUCGUCCAGAACCGGGCCCAGGUCCGGACCAAGAGACCUCCAGGGCUCAGUGGGCGGGGUCUGUUACCGCGGCGCUAACGGCAGCAGAGGCGGCGUCCCGGCGUCAAACAGGCACAGCGUGGGGCCCAUCUGGGGCCAGGCGGCCAGUCGCAGCUCCUACGAGAGCCUGAAGGGGGCGCCCGCUCCGCCGAGGCGCAGCGACAGCUACGCCGCCAUCAGGAACCACGAGAGGCCAAACUCCUGGUCCAGUCUGGACCACGCCCGCUCGCUACGGUCUCUGCAGAGCAGCUCCUGGCAUCACUCCAGCGGCCCGGUGGCCUCAGCGAAAGCGUCGUUUGGCGCCGAGGGUCAGCUCCACACCGUGAUGGAGAAGAGUCCGGAGAGCAGUCCCACCACGAAGCCCAGGCAGGGCGCCGGCUUCUCGUCCCCGACCGGGCCCAGCUCCCCGCCCAGCCGCCUCAUCCUCCCUGCCGGCGUUUACCCGGUUCCCCAGCCAGAGCCUCAGUACGCGCAGACGCCCGGCUCCGGCUCCGGUCCCGGUCCGUCCGCAGUCUUCACGGCUCUGACCAGGGAGAGCAGCCGGCAGCCGGCGCUCCGGGACGAUCGGACCACAGAGAACGGCCACCAAGGCAUCGGCUCCUCACCGUAUUCCCGCUCCUCGUACUCCGGACCUGGAUCCUCACAGCUCAGGUCCAGACUGCCUGAGGCGGACAGUUGGCACCAGCAACCGGAGUCGAACGCUGAAACCCAUAAGCCGCACCUGAAAGCCCCUGGAGGCGGAUCCGAGGGUCCGACUGGACCCCACAGGCCUCACAGGAACCUCAGCCAGAACCUCGACGAUCCUCUUCUGAAGGGACAGCAAGAGCAGAACCACAGGAUUACUCCGGUCCAUUCGGUCCCAGACCUCAGAACCGCGUCCUCACAGGGGAGGAGCGAGUCCAGAGACGACACCCGACCCAGAGAGCCGCCCACCGUUCCGUCAGAACCAGCCGGGUCGUCCCGGGUCGCCCAGGGUCAGGCGCCGCCGCAUCCAUCCGCCCAGUGGAGCCACAGAGACCCGGACAGCGAUCACCCUCUGACCCGCCUGGAGAUGGCCCUCGCCGAGGUCCAGCGCUGCGCCGUCCCAGACGGCGGCCAGAGCCCGGCCCGCAGCCUGUCGGUUCUGGAGAAAGUCAGUCACUUUGAGCGGCGGAGAGACGGAGGGAAGCAGCGCAGCUUCAGCACCAACUCCUACUGCAAAUCCUCCCAUCUGGGGGUGACGGAUAAAGGUCGCAGCUCCCCCUGUGGAGCRGAAGACCUCAUAAAUAUGCUGGAAAGGAGCACGAAAGGGACCAAAACCCACAGGACGAUGAGCUACAGAGGAGGCGGCAAUGAGAACAUGAAACACAGGCUUCCAGCCGAUCCCGUCUCAGCGCUCCAGAGAAGCCGCAGCAGCUUCCAGCUGGACGGAUCAAAGGACGGAGACGUCAACAGGAACUUUCCUYAUCGACCUGAACCCCAGGAGGCAGCUGACCCYCUGCAGGACAGAUCUUACAGGGAUGGUGUGAAGGACGCCCAGCCCAACGUCCUUCGCUCCACUUCAUUCAGACAGAGAGAGCUCAGCUCUCCGCCUCCUGUCGUCUCCGGUCCUCAGCCGUUCCCCAACCCUGCUAAGUACAACUCACUGGAGAAAAAAGGCCCAAAAACGAAGCCCAAACCUCAGGGCAUCGUCAUGCCRCCAGUCACUUCCCCUCACACCCCGAAGGGGAGGCAUGCGGUCAGCCCCGAUGACGGAGGCCAGAGCCCGCCGCCGCUGCCCAGCGUCCCUCCGGUCGGGCCGCCGGCUCUGACCAGGAUCUGCGGCCGCAAGCGUCUGACGGCCGACCAGAAGAAACGUUCGUACUCCGAACCAGAGAACCUGAACGAAGUGGGAGUUUCUGAUCCAGAAACAGCUGCUCUCUUCCGACGAGGAGGAGAAACUAGCGUAGCUGACCGCCGGAAGAUGUUUGAGCUAGCAGCAAGCCACGUUGGCGCCGGCGUGUCGAGGUCUGACCUGCGGCAGCUCCGCCAAGACGCUCUGGUUGAGUACAUGGAGAGGAAGCGAGGGAUUAGGAGGGAUAAGGCAGUUCAAAGGACUGGAUCAAGACCUCGCAGCGCUUAUUUCCACCCUGARCAGGGCUACCACACAGACACCUACAGCCUCUCGUCCACCUCCAGCAUGCUUUCCCUUCAGGACCCUGGUCCGGAUCAGGGCGUCCCUGCUCUUGGUUCUGACCGUUGGAGCCUCGAGUCCAACCUUUUCUACCCGGGCAGGGUGACCACACCCAGACCUCCAGCUCAGCCAAUCCCUGGCUCCAGUCUUGAUCUCCAUACCCGGAUCGGCCAAGAUCUGAACCCUGAAGCCCAAAUCAACAGACACAGUCAGUCUGGUACCAGAGACUCGAACAGAAGCCAAGACCGGCAGAUCGCUGAGCCUCAGCACAAACCCGGACUCUCUACGAAGGUCAACGAGGCGUUGCAGAGGGUCGGGUCGGUCCACAGGUCCGGGAGGUCGGCCUCUGCUGAGGAUCUGCUGGAGCGUUUAGAAAACAAAUACUCACCUCAACACAUUCGCUCCCGCUCGUCCCCGACYGCAGACAAACUCAGCCAGAACUUAAUUUCAGGAGACAUCAAGAGUUUCGACGUCACCUUCUCUGAAUCUGGACGAUGUGCUCUGGCUGCAGAUCGACCUGGAGACAUUCAAGGAUCAACAGAGUUCAGUUCUCAGUCAAACCAGUUAAAUGAGAACUCUGACCGACCGACGGCAUCUCCACAAGACGUCUCUCAAACCCCCGUCAGUCGUCGGGAGCGCCAGAGGAAUGGCGAACGUCUCCGGGCCUACAGCACCUCCACCUUGGCGGCCUCCGUCGGCCUUCCCUCGCCCUUCUCCUCUCCCGGGAACCAGCAGGACGGCGGCGCCGCGGAGUGGACAUCCAACGAGAGGCUGAGCCAGGCCAACCUGGACGCCAUCACCUUCCCGGGAAUCCCGCAGACCGGCGGCAGACAGACGAGACGCAGCCUGAGCGACGGAACCGCAGAGGACGGACACCGAGGCCGAACCUUAAGCUUGGAGCUGACUGGGGAGACUUCUGCUGAAAAUACCAAACCAGUUUCACCAGUCGCAUCAGCACCGCCGCCAUGCAGGAAGACCAGUGGGAGCUCCGCCUCCUCCCAUCAGUCCGUCCAUCCACACCUGUCCUCUCUGAGGAUCUCUGAAUCCAGCCUCUUCGAGCAUCAGCCGCUGCAGACGUCAACAGGAAACCUUCAGGAGUUUGACGACGUCUUCCUCACCAACCCUCCUCCUCCUCCUCCUCCUCCUCCUCUCACUCCACCGGUUAAAGAGACGAACAUCAUGGAGGACUUCCCUCCUCUCCCUCCUCCACCACCUCCAGCUGAGAUGGAAGCAGAUCUUCAGUCGUUUCGAAGCUCCAAUCCAGAAACUUUAAACAACUCGGUUCCCAUCCGGGCGUCUUCGGCUCAGUCCGCUCCUCCACUAAAGCCGUCCAACUCAACCGAGGACGUCUUCGUUUUCCAGUACCAGCCGCUUCCCAGGAGGGAGAAAUCACCCGAGGAGCUGAGGGUGGAGGCGCUGACUCAGCAACUGGUGCUGCAGGAUCCCUCUCUGGCGCCCCUGCUGGACACCUGGGGAGGCGAAUGCACCAUGAAGCUGAUGGAGGAAAUAUUUUCCAACGGCAGCCUGAGGGGGGAACCGCCGGGGAGUUCACUUCCGGGUCAAAGGAUCCAGGCCGUCUGUGAUCAGAGCUCAGGCCAAACGAAGGAGACGGAUGUUGAUGAGGACGAGAACGACGUCACCAACAGGAAGGGGGAGCUGUGUGAAGCCCUGCGGCGCUGCGUGGCGGCGAUGCAGCGGGAGAAGGCGGCUCUGGCCGAGGAGCAGCGGCGCCACCAGGCUGCGGGCGCCGGCAUGGAGGCGCUGAUCCAGCAGCUGAAAGCCAACGAGAGGGAGAAGUACAGCAUGUUCAUAGGAGACCUGGAGAGGAUCGUCAACCUGCUGCUGUCUCUGUGCAGCCGCCUGUCCAGGGUGGACAAGUCUCUGCUGUCUCUGGACAGAGACGGAGGUUUGACUGAAGACGCUGCUGAGGAGAGGGACUCCCUUCAUCACAAGCGUUCGCUGCUCCUUCGUCAAACCGAAGACGCGCGGGAGCUGAAGGAGAACCUGGACCGGCGGCAGCGCGUCGUCACCGCCAUYCUGGCCGGCUACCUCACCGAAGCACAACUCCACGACUACYGCCGCUWCGUCAGCGCCAAACCCUCGCUCCUGAUUCGCCAGCGCCAGCUCGAUGACCUCAUCCGGCAGCGGGAGGAGCAGCUGGCGCGGCUCGCCGAGAGCCUGCCGCCAAGCCCCGCCCACUCCGUCAGGUCCACCGCUGUGACAUCACUGUGACAUAACGAGAUAGACCC